AUGAGCGCCCCCGAGCCCGGCAGCAUCCUGCCAGAAGGCAAAUUCCCUUCUUUCUACCUGCAAAGUCUUCUUCCACCUCAUGCUACAGCAUCCCCACCCUCGAAAAGUGAUCUCAAACCUCCUUAUUCCUAUAUUGGCCUUAUUUCUAUGGCCAUUCUGAGCAAUCCGGAGAGGAAAAUGCUUUUAUCCCAGAUUUACAAUUGGAUCGCCAUGGAAUACCCGUAUUUUAGGUGAGUAAAUAUUGAUGGUGAAUAUAAAAUACGAUUCAGAAGUCGGGGAAAUGGAUGGAGAAAUUCGGUCAGACACAAUCUCUCGCUAAACGAAUGCUUUAUUAAAGCUGGGAGGGCAGCCAAUGGAAAGGGACAUUUUUGGACAAUCCAUCCGGCCAAUUUGGCCGACUUUUUGAAGGGCGAUUACCGAAGAAGGCAGGCCCAAUGGAAGAUCAAGUCCCAUCAUCAGCAUCUCCCUCUCCUCGAUACUAUAUCAAAUAAUUUUUUCUGUAAUCCUCUUGCUUUCCAACUGUUUUUGAAUCAACAAUUACAAUUUAAUUUGGUUAAUGGUAAUGGGAUUGCCAAAACAAGUUUAAAUCCCAGCUUCGGAACCCAAUAAAUCUUUUUAAUUUUGUUUCAAAUUAUUAUUUUAAUCAGCAAAAUGAGUAGUUAUAGAAAUAAAUUGAAGUCAAGUUAGCUAUUUUAUCUGUAAAUACGAUCAUAUGACGUAACUUUGACCUGAUUUAUGACCCUUGCGAGGUCGGGAGGUCGGAUGGUCAGCUGUGUUUUGUCCUGGUUAUUCUUGUUCCUUCCACUUCACUUUGCCCCAUAAUGUGGCAUUUAUUUAUUCUCAUCUUCAUUCUCACAUCUGUGGAAUCCUAUGUUAAAGUUACUUUUACAGGGAAUAAUUUGAAUCCCGUUAUUUCGUAAGUUUGAAGUUACUUUGAAGAAAUUGUAAUUUUUAGCGAAGAUGGGCGUUACAUUUUCUAUGAAGGAAGCGGAGGGGAUUAUGGCCACAAAUGUCCGCAGAUUUACCGGAUAGAUCUACUCGAUCCAGAACAAGGUCCUUUCAGAAUCAGCAAUGGGAUCGGGUCUUCUCGAGGCCUUUCUUUCAUCAACAACAAGUUCUUUUUCUCCUCCAAUUUCCAUCAUUUCCUUCCCUUACUUAACAAUUCCGUUGAAUCAACUUGUCAACAAAACAUUUGCGAGCGAAAGAAAAGUGAUAAAACUCUGCAAAAGUUAUGUAAGUAGUGAAAAAAGGAGGAAUUUCUUCAGGUAGAUCAAAAAAAUUUGAAGAAAUGGAUUCAAAAAUUGACCUAUUCCAAGCAAAUUGGUUGGGAAACAUCGAAAAACAAAUAACUCGAGGGCCUUACUUUAACGGAGAAGUUACAGUCACCGCGGAUGGAGGACUACUGUAUUCCUCCACAGAAUCUGGAGAUCCUGAAAUCUGGAAAUAUAAUCAAGAACAAAAAGAGAGAGAAAGGGUCAGCCAUUUUUGCUACAUAUUAUACCAAUUAACUUAUACAGGGCGUUUCUUGGCGCUCAAGAUAUCUAAGAAAUUCUUUCCGUUGAAGAAAGAAGAAGAUGGGCGGCUUUCGCACAAAAAAGAAAUUUUCUCCGCCAACGCGGAAAGUAGUGUAUUCGGCGGAGACUUUUGUGGCACUUCUUGGUCACCACACCAAUCCUAAGCGUUUUUUAUGUUGCUGAUGGCUGGGAAGAAGGUAUUUGCUCAUUUUUAUGGUUACCAAGCGUUUGGCGAGGGUAUGGCGGUUGUUUUACACUGUGGCGAAGGCUCGGUGGAGACUUUUUUUUACCAACGGGGCCAUUCUAGGGGCUGGCUUGAGCCUAUCUCCGUCAGCCUAGAUAGAGGUGGCAAUCGAGCCGGGCCUGAGCAAAAGUUUGGAAAGGCCGGUCUGACCGUUUCGGCCCGAUUGCCACUUGUACGCCAGUCUCUAAAGUUUAAAUAUAAGAAAAGAGAAAUAUAACGCGAAGGAGAUGACAAAAACGUUUUUAUUUCUCUGAUCACCCUGUACUAUUAUAUCUUAAUCUGUAGAUUUUAAUAUCGGUCUGUCGGGAAAAAAACGGCGGAUCGUCGCGCCUCCGAAUCGCCCAUCAUCGCUUUGCGACUGCAAGCCGCGGCUUGGGAUUUGGUGCGCGACAUCGGCGAGGCGAGACAUUUUGAUGCGACGAUCCGCCGUUAUUUUUCCGACAGACUGAUAUACAGAUCACAAAUCACAUUGGCUAUGAUGGAGAAGCAGCUAUUUCCCCUGAGGGCAAGAAAAUUGUGUUUAUUUCUGCGAAUAUCAAAAACACUGGACGAUAUCAGAAAUUGUUACAGUAAGCUAGUAUUAAGGAAGAAAAUUUACUUUUUAGUUACUCUUUGAUGGAUAAAAGUAAGACAGAAUUAUUUUCGAUGGAUGCUGAUGGAAGUAAUCGAAAACAAAUAACUUUUCUUGGAGGAAGCGUCAGACAUCCCAAAUUCAUCGAUGAAACUACAGUAAUCUUCAGCUCCAAUCACAAUUCGGGACGCCAAAUUUAUACGAUCGGGAUUGAUGGAAAAGAUCUGAGUCAGGUAGUUAUAAAAAACAAAGUAGAAUUUGUCUACAGAUUACAUUCACCGACUCAAAUGAUUAUCCGAUGGUGUCCGGAAACGGAAAGAAAGUGGUCUGGGCGAGUAAAGAAGACUCGGAAUGGAAUAUUCUAGUAGCUGACACCAAUUGGAUAAGAAAAAACGGCAUAGAAAAGUUGAACGAGGAACAUGAAAUGUCACAAUUACAUUACCCGGGAGAGAAACAUCUCAAUUCGAUCAGACAACUCACUUUCGGCGGACAAAAUGCCGAAGGGUAUUUUGAUUUCCAAUCCAAAAAUAUUCUAUUCCAAGCAACCGGAAGGGAAAGAUACGGCACCUCGUGCGAUCAGGUAAGAAAGUUGUAUAAUAAAUAUUAAAGCGUCAUUCCCAGAUAUACAAAUUAAACAUCGAGCAAUCCGUGGAUUCCUCAACGCCUUUGCAGCGAAUCAGCACAGGCCUUGGAGCUUGCACUUGCUCCUACUUCUUUCCGAAUGACCAGACUAUGAUAUACGCAUCUACCUUUGCUUCGGUCAGACCAGAUCAUCUCGAAAAUACUUGCCCCGUGAAGAGAUGUCAAAGUAAGGAAGCCACAACUGAUCCUCUUCUCAAAAGACUUUGCAAUACAUCCUAUACUUGGGAUCUGUUCCCCGAAUACGACAUCUACAAAGUAAAUAGGUACGGGAAUAUAAUCAAAAGACUGACUAAUGUCCCCGGAUAUGAUGCUGAAGGUGCAGUUUCAAAGGAUGGUAAGAAUAUUGUAUUCACAUCACUCAGAACUGGAGAUCCGGAGUUGUGGCUGAUGGACGAGAAUGGUGACAAUUUGAGACAGGUAGAAUACGAUUCUGAUUUAUCUUGCUUUAGUUAACCAACCAUCUUGGGUAUGAUGGAGGUCCUUUCUUCUCUCCAGAUGGAACAAAAGUAAUUUUCCGCGCUUCAAGACCCAAAACAAAGGAAGAAAUUACAAAAUACAAACAAUUAUUGAGGUAUUAUAAAUGACGGAGUAACCAUUACUAUUUAACUUUAGCUACAACCUGGUUGAACCCUUGGCCAUGGAAUUGUUCGAAAUAAACGUUGAUGGGACUGGAAUGAAACAAAUCACAGAACUGGGGGGCUCUAAUUGGGCUCCUUUCUUCUUGGUCGACAACAAUCGUAUUCUAUACAGUACCAAUUUUAAUCAGACAGGUAGAUUUGGAGCUUUUGAUAUCUACAUGGUCAAUCAGAAUGGUGAAGGAGUGGAGAGGGUAAGGGUUAUCUUCCCCGCCAACAUUACUUUAGAUCACCUACAACGAAGGUGGAUUCGAUGCUUUUCCAAUGCAAAGUCGAAACGGGAAAAAAGUAAUCUGGGGAAGCAGCCGGAAUGGGAAAUCCCCAUACGAUUUAAAUCUAUUCCUCGCUGAUUGGACUGAUUAA